GGCGACGGCUCAGUCCACACUCGCACCUUGUUGCUAACGGUCACCCACCUACAAGCCCAUGCACACCCAUACACACACACAGAGUCAGUCUGGAGUUACCCUUCCUGAUCUGUGGUCAAGUCGUGUCGUCAGUGUGUAAUCCGGACCGUCAACAAUUAGACAGUGCAUCAAGCCACUGUCUAACCCUCCUUCCGACCCCGUGGAUUUAAGUGCUUUCAAGAUUGCUCCAAACGUAAAUCAAACCUUUUCCUGCCUUCCUCUGUGGAUAUUGGAGGACUUGAAGACAUACAUCAAAAAGUCUGCGAACAGGAAGGCGGCAGCGAACAGAAGAAAAGUGGUGCUCGGGGACCAGUGUUGUCACGUGAUCAUGAAGGACGACCGGACGAGCAGCGUGCAGUCCGGCCCGCUGCGGGUGGCCGUGGUGGGCGCGAGUGACGUGGGAAAGUCUGCCCUCACGGUCCGGUACCUCACCAAGCGCUUCAUCGGGGAGUACAGAUCAGACACAGACAUGUUGUACAAGUGCGUGCUUCAGGUGGACGGGGCGCCGCAGCCCGUCGAGAUCAUGGACACCUCCGCCAGCUGUGACAAGACCUCCUACCCUUACCUGCAAUGGGCUGAGGCCUUCGUGGUCGUCUACUCCAUUACCGACAAAGAGUCCUACCAGCGAGCCGCCUCCACCGUGCAGGAGUUGUCUGAGAGGCGACCAUCUGCCAGCGUGCUGAUGGUAGGGAACAAGAGUGACCUGGGACACCUACGGGAGGUGGAAGAGGUGGAGGCCAGAACACUCACGCUCACACACUCUGCACGCUUCGCCGAGCUGUCCACGGCGGAGAGCUGCACGUCGGUUUCUGAAGUGCUCGACAACUUCCUCAAAGAAGUAAAAGCGCAGAGGAACGACAACCAGAAUGGCGGGUCUCCGAAGCCUCGCAAGAUCUCCGUCACUCGCAUGCUCGGGUCCCUCAUCGGACGCAGCUCCCCGCCCCCCACGCCCAUGACGCACCUCAUCAUCCUGGACAAGGAGGAAUGCAACAAGCUGCAGACGCCCCUCACCAGACUGUGCCGCCCCUGCCUCAGGCCGGCACACUCCCUCCCAUGCUCCCCACACACCGCAGUCUGACCCUAUUCCCCCCGCCCCUUCGCCGUUGCCAUUCCCUCAGUAGUCUAAGUGUUAGGUAACAGACACAACCUUGAUGACAAAACGUUGUAAUCACAGGGCCUAAGACACGAUCUACUUCAUUCCUUCCCACCUUUGAAUCUGUCUAUCUUGCUUCCUCUUCCCUUCCAUAUUCCAUCCCCACCCAGCCAACACUCGCUUCCCAUGAGGUGAUAUUAUCGGUGCCUCCCCUUCCAUGAUAUAUUACGGUGCCUCUCACUUCCAUGGUAUAUUAUUGGUGCCUCCCCCUUACAAGGUAUAUUAUUGGUGCCUCCCCCUUACAAGGUAUAUUAUUGGUGCCUCCCCCUUACAAGGUAUAUUACUGGUGCCUCCCCCUUACAAGAUAUCCCCCCCAAGUCUCGCCUCCUCCCGCCCCACCUCUAUCCCUUGUGAAGCGAAGUCCCUACGCUUACUCAUCGCAAUACUUCUCCGCGUUACUUCCUUCCACUCUGCGCCCGUCGCCCUUCCCGCCGCCCUGUGCCACGGUCACCACUCUGCUGCCUAACUCGCGUCGCCAGAGUAAUGUUUCGUCGGAUUCUGGCUUACAUGGUUUUUACGUUAUUGUCGCCGCGUCUCCUGUUGCUGUAAAGAACAAUACCAAAGAACUAAAUGUUGUCAUCUGUUGUCACUUAAUGUAAACCUUCAUCUGUGAUACAAAACCUAUUUGUACAUAAACUCUAUAUAUUUCUAUAUUUUGUAAUAAAUCAACUUAUUGA